CCUCGAGAGCUGGCAGUCAAAGUGGCAGCCGGUGGCCUCCGAGACCAAAUCCGGGGAGGUUGCAGCUGAACGAUUUCUCUGCGUUUCCUCUGGCUCCCUGCUCAGUCCCCCAGGUCCGCGCAGAGAGGAAACUUCUCCGUCGUCAUGGGGGGCGGAGAUCUGAACCUGAAGAAGAGCUGGCACCCGCAGACACUGCGCAAUGUGGAGAAGGUGUGGAAGGCUGAGCAGAAGCAUGAGGCGGAGCGGAAGAAGAUUGAGGAGCUGCAGCGGGAGCUGCGGGAGGAGAGGGCGCGGGAAGAGAUGCAGCGCUACGCCGAGGAUGUCGGCGCCGUCAAGAAAAAAGAAGAGAAGCUGGACUGGAUGUAUCAGGGCCCUGGUGGGAUGGUGAACCGUGACGAGUACCUGCUGGGGCGCCCCAUUGAUAAGUACGUUUUUGAGAAGAUGGAGGAGAAGGAGGCAGGCUGUUCUUCGGAGACGGGGCUGCUCCCAGGUUCUAUCUUUGCCCCCUCCGGCGCCAAUUCCCUUCUUGACAUGGCCAGCAAAAUCCGGGAGGACCCCCUCUUCAUCAUCAGGAAGAAGGAGGAGGAGAAAAAAAGAGAGGUGUUGAAUAAUCCCGUGAAAAUGAAGAAAAUCAAAGAAUUGUUGCAAAUGAGUCUGGAAAAAAAGGAGAAGAAGAAAAAGAAGGAGAAGAAAAAGAAGCAUAAGAAACAUAAGCACAGAAGCUCCAGCAGCGAUGGGUACAGCAGCGACGAUGAGCGCAGCCGGGGGAGAGCUCAAAAGAAGAUGGCAGAUUCUUCCCCUGUUUUGUCCAAAGCCCCUGGAUACGGCUUACAGAUCAGGGACUCCUACCACAGCCAGGGAACGCAGAGUCCUCUGCCGCCCAAGCAAAAGGGAAUGCACGGGUUGAAGAAUUAUUCCAGGUCCAGAAGCUCCUCCCGCUCACCUCCCAGACAUGCCAACAAGAAGAGCACCAGAGAAGCGGGGUCCCGGGACAGGAGUUCUCACUCCCCAGGCAGAAGGUCACGGUCCCCAAGGCCAAGCAAACCGCACAACAAGGUCAACAGGAGAGAGAGAGGCCGCACUAAGAGCCCAUCGCCUAAAAAAGAGGUCUAUCAAAGGCGCCAUGCUCCUGGAUAUACCAGAAAGCUCUCAUCCGAGGAACUAGAGCGAAAACGGCAAGAGAUGAUGGAAAAUGCCAAGUGGCGGGAGGAAGAGAGGCUAAACAUCCUCAAGAGGCAUGCGAAGGAAGACGAACGGGAGCAGAGGCUGGAGAAGUUGGGCACCCGAGAUGGGAGGUUUAUCCACCGCAUGAAGCUGGAGAGCGCAUCUACUUCCUCCCUGGAAGAUCGGGUGAAACGGAAUAUCCACUCUCUACAGAGAACCUCAAUGGCUCUGGAGAAGAACUUUAUGAAAAGAUGAAAUCCAUCCCGUCUCUUGUUGGUUUUCCUGAAUUUUCCAGGGAAGCUGCUGAUCCCUUAAAAAUUCUCUUUAUAAGAGUUCAAGUGACUUCUUCCACAGUUGUCAAACCACCACUGUUCAAAGUGACUCUCCUCCGGCGAUUCCUGAAAACUGCUCACUUCCUUCAAGAACCCGUGUGACUCGCUUUAGGGGACCCUCAGUAACUUUUGCUGGGUGCUGAGUGGGUUUUGACUGUGUUUUUAAUAGGUGGGCACUGGACCGUCUGGGUGUGAAUGCUCGUCCUGGCGUGGAAGAGCUGCUCCCUGUGGUCAUGAUACUUAAUUAUGCCACUUCGUUCCCACCCACGUGAACCGUGUGCCUCGGUAUAGACCGGACCUUUCAGAAACCUCUCUCUAAGAGUCAUCCAGGUAGAUUGUGCUUCGUGGGGUAAAUGAACAUUUACUUGAUUUAGCAGAUAAUGUGACAGAACAGUGUCAUCUUAGAGCAGAGCACAGGGGGUGACAAAGACUCUGGAAGGGAAAACCAUACAGAAAAGGACUAAAUGAGCUGUUGAACUGUUUGGACUAUCUUCUCAGCUGUAAAAGUGUAGUGUGUAUGUGUAUAAAUGUAUAAUUUUUACAUGCUUUUUAAAACAUUAGCUUUGUGAGAAUAUCUUGUUUGGUAAGCGACUUUACUGGGUAUUGGAACGACAUUGUAUCUCGUUAUCGAGUAAUACAGUCAGGCAGGUCAGCUUUCUUUCCCCUCUGAAUCCAGCUAGUUUAGGAGAAGCCUGGGUUUGUAGGUAGGAUCUAGUGUAUCCGUCCUUUUACACCGCUUACCGUCUCCCAUGUGGGCAGUGCAGUGGUGAAGCCCAAUGAUUUUAGGGGUCAGGACCAAAUUACCAGUGUGCUCCCACCCUGGCUCUUAAAAGAAAAUAAAACGGAAGCUGUUUAUUUCAUGGCUUCCUUUUUAUCAUGUAAUAAUCUUCUCACAAUGCUAAAUUUUCAGGACGUGUUUGCUACUAUUUUUUAGUCAGGUAUUAAAGAAAUCCCCAAAACUCA